AUGAGUCUCGGUGUGCUUGCAGAGAUACUUGACCCAAAAGAAGUAAUUCAGGAAGCUUACAGCCCCAAGCAUUUGACCCAAAGAAAGAACAAUCAGUUUAUGGACCUAUGGGAUUCAUCCAAUCCAAACGGCUGGUACUCUGUCAUGCAUGGUGCGUUUGUAUUCCGAAAUGUAACUCGCAAUUUUCAUGAACUUAUAUUGCAAAUCAUACGAAAUCUCAAAGAUUUUGUCAUAUUUCUCGCAUUGAACAAGUCCGCUGAUCAUGUCCAUGCCAUUGGACAGGAGAUAUUUAUGUGGAGCGUGGCAUGUUUCGUUUUAGCCCAACGGAAUGGGGCUGGGCUGGAGAUUGGAGAAGUGAAAGUCAAAAGGCAGUGUAGUGUUGUGUCACUAGUGACAAUAGAGACACAGGCUGUGAUGCCCAAUGGUAUCGGGCUGGGAUGGUUUCCGUUUUGCCUUGGCUUAGGGUUUGAGCAAGGGAUCUUCACAUUUGGGAUGGGCGGGACGGGCUGGGUAGAUCAUGGGAGAUAA